CAGCGAGCGAGCCCGGGCAGAGGGAGGCGCACGAGCGCGCGCGACAGAAGGAGGCGGGGAAAGGAGGGGGCGAGGCGGAGGCGAGCGAACAGAGGGAGGGACCCGCCCGCCGCGCCCCGGCCGCUGGGCAUGUGUGUCCGCAGGCGCCCGACGCUGCCGAUGUCCCGGGGCUGAGCCGCGCCCAGGUGUCCCGGACAGUGCGUGCGAGCGUGUGUGUCCGCGCAGGCGAGCACCGCGCCGGCCCUGAGCCUCCCGCUCGCUUCCCCCGGCCGCGGUGCAUGUUCGCCUCCUGCCACUGUGUGCCGAGAGGCAGGAGGACCAUGAAAAUGAUCCACUUUCGGAGCUCCAGCGUCAAAUCGCUCAGCCAGGAGAUGAGAUGCACCAUCCGGCUGCUGGACGACUCGGAGAUCUCCUGCCACAUCCAGAGGGAAACCAAAGGGCAGUUUCUCAUUGACCACAUCUGCAACUACUACAGCCUGCUGGAGAAGGACUACUUUGGCAUUCGCUAUGUGGACCCAGAGAAGCAAAGGCACUGGCUUGAACCUAACAAGUCCAUCUUCAAGCAAAUGAAAACUCAUCCACCAUACACCAUGUGCUUUAGAGUGAAAUUCUACCCACAUGAACCCUUGAAGAUUAAAGAAGAGCUCACAAGAUACCUUUUAUACCUUCAGAUUAAAAGGGACAUUUUUCAUGGCCGCCUGCUGUGCUCCUUUUCUGAUGCUGCCUACCUGGGUGCCUGUAUUGUUCAAGCUGAGCUUGGUGAUUACGAUCCUGAUGAGCAUCCUGAGAAUUACAUCAGUGAGUUUGAGAUUUUCCCCAAGCAGUCACAGAAGCUGGAAAGAAAAAUAGUGGAAAUUCAUAAAAAUGAACUCAGGGGGCAGAGCCCACCAGUUGCUGAAUUUAACUUGCUCCUGAAAGCUCACACUUUGGAAACCUACGGGGUGGAUCCUCACCCAUGCAAGGAUUCAACAGGCACAACAACAUUUUUAGGAUUCACAGCUGCAGGCUUUGUGGUCUUUCAGGGAAAUAAGAGAAUCCAUUUGAUAAAAUGGCCAGAUGUCUGCAAAUUGAAGUUUGAAGGGAAGACAUUUUAUGUGAUUGGCACCCAGAAGGAGAAAAAAGCCAUGUUGGCAUUCCAUACUUCAACACCAGCUGCCUGCAAACAUCUUUGGAAGUGUGGAGUGGAAAACCAGGCCUUUUAUAAGUAUGCAAAAUCCAGUCAGAUCAAGACUGUAUCAAGCAGCAAGAUAUUUUUUAAAGGAAGUAGAUUUCGAUAUAGUGGGAAAGUUGCCAAAGAGGUGGUGGAGGCCAGUUCCAAGAUCCAGAGGGAGCCUCCUGAGGUGCACAGAGCCAACAUUACUCAGAGCCGCAGUUCCCACUCCUUGAACAAACAGCUCAUCAUUAACAUGGAACCCCUGCAGCCCCUGCUUCCUUCCCCCAGCGAGCAAGAAGAAGAACUUCCUCUGGGUGAGGGUGUUCCAUUGCCUAAAGAGGAGAACAUUUCUGCUCCCUUGAUCUCCAGCUCCCCAGUGAAGGCAGCCCGGGAGUAUGAAGAUCCCCCUAGUGAAGAGGAAGAUAAAAUAAAAGAAGAACCUUUAACCAUCUCUGAACUAGUGUACAACCCAAGUGCCAGCCUGCUCCCCACCCCUGUGGACGAGGAUGAGAUUGACAUGCUCUUUGACUGUCCUUCUAGGCUUGAGUUGGAAAGAGAAGACACAGAUUCAUUUGAGGAUCUGGAAGCAGAUGAAAACGCCUUUUUGAUUGCUGAAGAAGAGGAGCUGAAGGAGGCUCGCCGUGCUUUGUCGUGGAGCUAUGACAUUCUGACUGGCCAUAUUCGGGUGAACCCACUGGUCAAGAGUUUUUCCAGGCUCCUUGUGGUGGGCCUGGGACUGCUGCUCUUUGUAUUUCCCCUGCUCCUCCUCCUUUUGGAGUCAGGUAUUGAUCUCUCCUUCUUAUGCGAAAUCCGCCAGACACCAGAGUUUGAGCAGUUUCACUAUGAAUACUACUGUCCCCUCAAGGAGUGGGUGGCUGGGAAAGUCCACCUCAUCCUCUACAUGCUGGGUUGCUCAUGAAGUUAAUCUCUCACAUGACUAAGGGCUAUAUUCAAUGCUAGUGAUUUUUUUUUUUUCAGCAAAUGCCUGGUUCUGAAGGGUCAUGGGGCUGUCAACAGGUGUUCCUUACUCAUAAUGGAUUAUUCAAACCUUUAAGUUAGCUUUCCAUAAUUCACUGCACUUAAAUAAGUUUAAAUCAAAUACAGUUAUUUUAGUUACAGGUUAGGAAGAUGGUCUUUAAAUAACCAAAAAUAUGUUUAUUUUUUAUUAUAGUGUAGACAUACCCUUCAUCUAUUAUAUCAUAAUACAUGAUACAUUGGACUGAAUUAGAUUUUCCCAUUUCUAAUAGUUGGCACCAUUAUAAGCUAUAAGGUUCAGAAUCAGAAUUUUAGUAACAACUCAAGAGAAAGUUGUUGAAUAUAAUCCUUAGUGAAAACAGUGUCCUCUAACCAAUGCCUAUACAACUAAAUUUAUGCUGGGUUUUUGGUUCUGUUUUUUUAAAAAUAUUUUUAUGUGUUCAAACUAUUUUGGUAAAUUUUUAGCAAAAAAAAAAAAAAAAAAAGAAGCCUCCUGGAGUUAUUUACAUGUACAGAUUGUAAGACUAAUGCACAAAAGGUAUAUCAGAAUUUUUUUAAUGUUUUGGCGCUACUUUGUUUUUAAAAAUAUUUUUGGCUGAACAAUACCAUAAUUUGUUAUGAUCUGCAUAGGAGAUAGAAAAUGGGUAGAAAGACACUAUAGUAAGUAAGCUGCUAAAACAGAGGAUGGAACUGGAGGAUGUAGAAACUGAGAGCAUCAAGUGGACUCAGGGUGGUCCAUUUUUCAAAGUAUUUGGACAAGAGGACUUGUUAUUUUCAUUUGUAUUCUGUCCGUAUAUUUUGGCUGGAGAAGCAGAUGUUUUAAAAAGAAAGUGAGAGUUUAAAGGAAAAAAGGUAACAGAUGUACUAGUCAGUUGCAUCUCAGUGUACAUUAACCCAAGAGUGAAGGCAGAUAGGAACUGGAGAAAUGGAAAGUGGCAAAAAUGAGUUCUGGUGAGGCUGGCAGGCAAAUGGUGACAGGCGAAUGGUCUAUUUUAUGAAAGUGAUGGUGAUGCCAGCGUUCGAUGAUGUGAAGAGCAGUGCAGUCGCUGUCCGAGUUAACAUGAACAUGUUUAAGUGGAUCUAAAUAAAAGUGGAGAAACUUUAAGGUAAA